UGUGAGCCUUACCGUUGUAUUAACCUAAUGGGUAGCAAGCGAAAAACUGUUGUCCGAAUAAAUUAAUUACCGAGGGGAGGUAGUCACACAGAAAUCUCCCGUGUGUUAAAGCGGCCCUACUGGUCUUAAACUACUCGGUCCGCAUACAGCAGGCACGGUGGAGAGACUCGGCAUCGUGAGCUGCUGUAUCUGCACCCGAAGAGGAGGAUGCGAGGAUUUAAAAGGACAUAAGUACAACAUAUUCGGCUUUUUUCAUCGUCAGGAUGGGGUUUGUGAUCACUUAGUAAAGAUUGAGUUGGACCCGUAUUUGUUUGCUGCCUUUGGGGUUGCCUGUAUACGUGAAAACGUGGACACUAUGCAGAUAGGGCGUUUUAAAGUGCACCUUUAUAACGCAAUGGACAAUCGGCUAACGUUAGCGGGGGUUUUCUAACACCUGGCAGGUCCGUAUGUGUCGUGGAAAGCUAACGAGAGUGUAGCCGAGGUUGUUUGGUGGCUUUUUAAACAUAGCUCUGAUAUCGGAUGCAAUCUCGUCUAUCAUCCAUCCCUCUGUCGUUAGGGGCCUCAGCUGGCAAACUGCGUCACCGAGUGGGCGCUGCAGGUAUUCAUCUCUAGGUCUGCACGUUGGGAAGUCUAGCCAUGGCACGAAUGAACUGGAAACCAAAGUGACUGAACUUUUAAAAUCACCAUGGAGCCUAAUUCAAACUCCGAGGUCCACCAAGAACUAAAAUACCCUUCUGUAUCCAACUCUCAGCGUGAACUGGCCACGAAUAUGUAUGAGGCCAUGAGUGAUGGCAAUGUCAACCAUGUGGACUCAGCAGUGAGGGGCGUGAGUGAUCCCAGUGCAUCCAGUUAUCAGAGGAAUGUGCAUCAGAGAUUUAUCAGGAGGAGUCUGUGGUUCUCGGACGCAGACGAGCAGGCCUUUGAAGCACCUGAAUGCGAUAACCGGAAUAAGAUCCUAAACAUAAACCUGCGGACAAUAGUGGACAGGACACGGGGGACUAGUGGGAUACAGGAAGGUUCCAGCACUGAAAGUCAAGGUGGGCAUAAAGACAGUGCAACAGAGAGCGCCAGUGCAGAUGAGGAGAAGGAGAAAGGUGGAGAUUCCUUAAAUCUAACAUGCAAUGGUGGUAGUAAAGCUGCUAUCAAGGCAUCCAGUGAGGAGAACGAGGAGGAGGCGGAGAUGAAAGCAGUCUCCACAUCUCCGGGAGGAAGAUUCCUCAAAUUUGACAUAGAGCUGGGGAGAGGGUCCUUCAAGACGGUCUACAAGGGCCUGGAUACUGAGACCUGGGUGGAAGUUGCCUGGUGUGAGCUGCAGGAUCGCAAGCUGUCUAAAGUGGAACGUCAGCGCUUCAAGGAGGAGGCAGAGAUGUUGAAGGGUCUUCAACAUCCCAACAUCGUUCGUUUCUAUGACUUUUGGGAGUCGCCCCUUAAAGGGAAGAAGUGCAUUGUGUUAGUAACGGAGCUCAUGACGUCAGGAACGCUCAAAACCUAUCUGAAGCGUUUCAAGGUAAUGAAGCCAAAGGUGCUGAGGAGCUGGUGCAGACAGAUCCUGAAAGGCCUUCACUUUCUCCACACCAGGACCCCUCCCAUCAUCCAUAGGGACCUCAAAUGUGAUAACAUUUUUAUCACUGGACCUACAGGCUCUGUCAAAAUAGGAGAUUUAGGACUGGCAACACUAAAGGCAGCUUCCUUCGCUAAGAGCGUCAUAGGCACACCAGAGUUCAUGGCUCCAGAGAUGUACGAGGAACACUACGACGAGGCUGUGGAUGUGUACGCCUUCGGCAUGUGUAUGCUAGAGAUGGCCACUUCAGAGUAUCCCUACUCCGAGUGUCAGAAUGCUGCUCAGAUAUACCGCAAAGUCACUAGCGGAGUGAAGCCAGCCAGCUACAACAAGGUCGUGGAUCCUGAAAUCAAGGAGAUUAUUGGAGAGUGUAUCUGCCAAAAGAAAGAGGAACGGUACACCAUCAAGGAGCUGUUGAACCAUGCCUUCUUUGCUGAGGACACAGGUGUUCGGGUGGAGCUAGCUGAGGAGGAUGAUGGGAAAAAGGACUCCAUAGCCCUGAAACUUUGGGUGGAGGACCACAAGAAGCUGAAAGGAAAAUACAAGGAGAGUGGCGCCAUCGAGUUCACGUUUGACCUGGAGAAGGAGGUCCCUGAGGUUGUGGCACAAGAGAUGGUGGAGUCUGGCUUCUUCCACGAGAGUGAUGCUAAGACUGUGGGAAAGUCGAUCAGGGACCGUGUGGCCCUGAUCAAAUGGAGAAGAGAGAGAACAGUGUCUGCUGCGGUGGCCGCGGACCAAGCAGAGGCGGUUCACAUGGUUCAGAUGAAACCGUCUCAGGGCAUCUCCACUGGGGUUGCACAUGUAGGACAGCCUUUGCUGGAGCCAGAAGAGCCAGAGGCAGACCAGCACAACAGGCUGCGUAACCUUCCAGCCAGUGCCACCUCCGUGACAUCAGACAGCACACUGGAUAGUGGCAUGGGCUCCACCGUCUACUCAGACUCCCACAGCAGCCAGCAGAGUGUCCUCUACCAGUCCCUGCUGGAGCCUAUUACUAUGACAACGCAGCAGAGCCAGAGCGGCAGCCCUCCUCUGACAGAUCGGCAUCACUCCUGUGGAAAGGGGGAAUUAUUGGGGGCAACAUUCAGCCCAGAGCUCAGGACUUGUUUGGGAGCUACAGCCCGGAGAGGAAGUGCUCCUGUUAUUGACAGUCAUAGGGCAAACCAGAUUGCCCAACUCCAUGCCCUCAUUCAGUCACAGAGAUCUGUAAGCCCCAACCCCACUGUUCCAGAGGUCCGGCUGGAGCUCAGCCCCACUGAGCUCCACUCAGAGGCUAAGGAUGGGUUCCCCUCCCAGAAUGCUCUAUCAUUACUAUCUGUCUCUUCCCACAAUGAGUGCCGCCGCUUUAGUGACACCAGCAUCAGACCACUAUCAGAGUCCGCCGGUGAGAGCUCGACACAGCCUGUGCCGAGCGGGCGAAGACACUCCGACUUCAGCAGUCUCCUGAGUCUGACCUCUCAUCAUAAUCACCUUCUGGCAAUGCAUAGAGGCCAGUUAUGCCAGGCCUGCCUCUCUUUGCUUCUCCUAAAGUCAAGAGAAGGGACACUCCACGUUCCUUUGGUUGCCAUGCCACACCACCACUGUCCAUGUGACUUUAGACAAACCCUUAGUCAUGGACGGCUGAAAGGUUUUAGUGAUUGUUCUGAUUUGUCACUACUGCAGCAGUCGCUGUUCAAUAUAAUAAGCCGCAAAGCAGCCCCGUGUCACACCCAACACACCCAAUCCACCACGCUGCACCCCUCAGCUGCCCACAGGAUGGCCCGCAGUCACGGAGACUGCAGCCUGAAGCGCCAUCUCCUUAGUGGCACUUUGGUCGGGGACAGAGAGCCCCUCCAGGACACUGUUACCAGGGCUGUAGGAGUGGCCAGUUCAGCAGGACACCAGAAUCAACCAUCUGUACAGGGCCUGCCAACCUCCAGCACAGCAGUGCACGCACCGCAGCAGUACCUCCAGCCUGGACACAGUUACCCUGCUCCUCCAUAUGUUGGCCAACACACUGCUGCAGCCCAGGCUCACACUAGUCAAUGUUCAGUCAACCUCCAGCAUACAGCCAGUGCUGCUAUGCAACAGACUCAAGUUGGAGCAAACCUUUCAGCAUCAGCUGUGCCACAACAUGUUGCACAAAGCUACCAAGCACCCGGCCACCAACAGCAGCAGGCGACAGCAGCAAGCCUACAGACUUUCCCUUUGAAAGUCCAACAGACUUGUCAGAACUGGGUAGCCCAACCUCAACACCAGGCUCUCUCCGCUUCAGGAUAUCCUAAUCCGGUUCAGACUGCUGCUGCAGCGACAACCCUGCCAUCACAGCAGCCAGCACAAAGCUACUCUCUCACAUCUGUAGCCCCAAACAUGGCAGCCACGGCCCAGAGUCAUCCUACACAAGCUGCCAGCGCUGUCCAUGCCGCAGUCAAUCUGCCAAGUCAUCAUCCUGAUCAAAGCCCCUCCACACCAGCACUUUACAGCCAACAGAUACCCACUCAGCAAGAGCACCAACUGAACCCCCAGUCCCAUAUACAACUGACACAUGCUGGGCAGGCGUAUAUUCAGCCUCAAGUGCAGCACAGCCAAGACAUUCAGCAUACCAUACACCAACAAAUGACACCGCAGCCGAACAUUUCGCAGUCGCCUUGUCAUCAACAAGUACACACCUCAACUCUACAGAAGCACAGUCAGGACACCAUGCAGACAGCAGGUCAGCAACGGAGCCACGAUGCAUCCCAGUUCGCAAUCCAACAGAAUUACCCUGCUGCCGGUCUACCUGACGCUGUGUGUCACAGCUACACACACCCUGCCCUCGGUGCGCUGCAGCCGGAGCCCGCUGCAGGUCAGAGCCAGUACCACGCUGCUGCACAGCCAUACGGAGGACAGUUUCAACCCUAUCUUUGCAACGCUGCUUUCCUGAACCAGAACAUUUCUGCUGGUCAUAGCAUUUCACAGUUUGGACAAGUGGGGCAGAAUCUCAGCCAAUCAGCUUCAAGUGUGCAAGCCCAGGCUCUGCCUCCUCAGGCUACUGUCCACCAACAACUCCAGCCACUGCAGAUUUCUAACUCUCUACCCCCGACACACCCAUCCCAGUUUCCUUCACAAUAUCCCACAAUCCAGGUGAUGACAGCUGUGCCUCCCUGUGAAUCCUCCCUCCCUCACUCUUUCACCGUCCCUCACCCUUCAACCUCUUCCUCACUUAAUCCCAUCUUCCUUUCUACUGGACAGACUGCGACCCCCUCUGUCUCUCCGCUCUCUCCUCUGCAAAUUGAAAAUGUGUUAGUGUCACCCAUCCCCAUGUCCCUCAUACCGUCCCCCUCUCUCGUGCUGGGUAAGGUGGGACCCACCUCCCCACAGCACCAGCCAGCCUCUGUUCUGCAGCAGAGCGUUAGAUCUGAAUCUCCUCAUUCACAACCUGCAUUUAUGUCGGCACCAACCACCCACCCCAUACGCACACACACUGCCCCGUGCCAGAACACACACCCUCCCACAAAUGGCAGCGCUCAGCCUCUGAUACAGCAGGUUCCCCAGCAGGCCCAGAUCAGCCAUCAUGAGCAUGUCCCCUCUGCUCAGCACCCCCAACCUGCAGUCUUCUCCUCACCUUUGCACAAUGGUUCAGACCCAGGCACAGCCUCCACUGCCCCCAAGCUGGACAACAACAACCCCUGCCAGCUAGCCCCGCAGGCCCAGAGUCAGGUACAGAGCCAGAUUCCCGUGCUGCAGCCCUCUGACCCUCAGAGUGUGUCAUCUGGGUCUGCCAGUUCCUGUCUGACUCAGCAGAAACAACUCGGUAGUCUCACGGGAGCUGCAGGUCAGGGUCCAGCAGAGACCAACAUGGAGGAUCAAGCCACAGAGAAACACACUGGAGGACAAAGCUAUGAUAGUGUCAACUCCGAUGCCACAUCAGGAAAAGAGAUGAGUGACGGUUACGAGGGGACGUACGGAGGUAAAGGCGACGGGAAAGUCCGCAAACACCAUCGCAGGUCCACCCGCACUCGCUCUCGUCAAGAGAAGAUUAACAGGCCAAAGCUCAGCAUGCUCAAUGUGUGCAACACUGGCGACAAGAUGGUAGAGUGUCAGUUGGAAACGCAUAACCACAAAAUGGUCACUUUCAAGUUUGACCUGGAUGGAGAUGCACCGGAAGAGAUUGCCACGUACAUGGUGGAGAAUGAUUUCAUCCUGCCUUUAGAAAAAGAGAUGUUCAUUGAGCAGCUAAAGGACAUUGUGGACAAGGCUGAGGACAUGCUGAGUGAGGACACCGAGGGCGAGAGGAACUCUGACCACGGAGGCAGUCCCAAACAGAGCGAAGGCGCUGUGGGGACAGAGGGAUUGAAGGCUUCUGCACCAAGCACACCACAGCUGGUGUACCAGCAAAAUGUUCUCCACACUGGCAAGCGCUGGUUCAUCAUCUGCCCUGUGGCGGAGACGCCUAUUUUAGACAAAGAGAAGACUCCAUCCAGCACCUCUACAGCCCAGGAAAUGGAAAACUAUGCCUUGUCAUCAGUGAGGGGCAGCAGCAACACAACAGCAACGGCUACUCAAGUCGCAUCUUUAUCCUCCCAAAGCCCGUCAUCCUCCUCUUCCUCUCUGCCCCCCGCAGCUCAAGACCAAAACAUUGACAAAACCCGGAUCCAGCAGCCUCAGCCCUGUGUAACCAAACAUGCCCUCGCCCAUCACAACACACCCCUUCCUGUUGAGGAGCCUUGCAUCUCUGCGGUCUCUCUGGUAUCGGACAUUCCAUGCUGCUCCAUUGUGCCGCCCGUCUCUCUGAAUGUGAAUGCCAUCGAUAAAGGAGCAGCGAGUGGUUUAACCUCUUCACAAUCUAACCUGCCCAAUCAGAAAAACAGUCCCACCGGAGACCCGCCCCAUCAUCUGGCCUCCCUUCAGUCUGUGGUGCUGCAGCAACCCUACGCCACGCCCAUGCAGCCUGGGACAGUCACCUCCCAGCCCCAGAGUCCAGCACACCAGAACAACCAGGCGUCCAGCCUCCAGCAGCCGACAAGUGGGGGGCCGGGCGAGUCUGACAGUGAUGGACCACGCAGGGUGGAGUUUACAGACCGCACCAUCAAGACUUUGGAUGAGAAGCUGAGAAACCUGUUGUACCAGGAGCAUGCUCCAUCCCAGCCCACCGGCACGGCGUCUGACCCCCAGGCCCCCUGCCCAGAGGGAGGCGGCACACCUGUAGUGUCAGACAGCCAGAGCACGGAGGGAGCACUUACAAAGAAGAAAGGGGAUCAGCUGCCUCAGAUUCCUGAGCGGACAGAUAGUGUGGGUGCACUAAGUGACUCUGCAGAGGGAGCCACUAACAGGACGUUGGACAGAGGAGAUGGGACAACAAACUUCGUUUCAAAUAGCUCUAAAAGCCGAUUUCAAAUCAUCCCCACCCCACCGGAUGUCAUCCGUCGUUUAGAGAAAAGCAAGACUGGUUUCAGCACCUGCAGUUCCCCAGCUCCCUCUAGUGGGUCCGGAGGGUCUCACAGGCAGACCCAGGGCUCUGGCAGGAGAGAGAAGGACUGUGUUCAUGUGGGCAGAUUGAAUGUGACAGCUGCAGCUGAUGAUGAGAAAGAGGGAACAUCCAAACCCCACAGCAGUAAUCGCUACUCUGCCCCCCCAAACUUCUAUCGGGUCACCCCCACUUCCAGUCCUGACCUCACCCCACGGCACAUCCCCCGUGCCCAGACCAUCGACACUCCGACCCAUCACAGCUACCACCACGCCUCUCACCUCUACACUGACUCAGCAGAUGAAGACCGCAGUGGUGUAGCCCUUCCUCCCACCCAGCCCGCUCCCCCCGCUCAUGCUCUGUCUGAGCACAGUGGAAGCGACCUCAUGAAAAGGGCAGUAGCCUUCCUGCGGCGCACUGGCCGGAGCAAAAGUGAACAGAGCUCCGAUUCACCGAGCAGAACGCCUGUGGCAAUGAAUGGGCACGCCACCUCGCCUCCUGCCCACUCAUCCUACAUCAGCAGUGACAACGACUCUGAGUUUGAGGAUGCAGACAUGAGGAAAGAGCUGCAGAAGCUGAGAGAAAAGCACAUGAAGGAGAUUUCUGAGCUGCAGGCGUUCCAGAGGAGUGAGAUUGAGCAUCUGUACACGGAGCUGGGUAAAAUGUUGCCCCCCAAUGUUGGCUUGCUUCAUGCUGCACCCCCAACCGGCCGCAGGCGCAAGGCCGGCAAACACAAGCUGAAGGCUGGAAAACUGCUGAAUCCCAUGGUGCAGCAGCUCAAAAACAAUCUCAACACCUCCAGCGAGAGGAAAGGUGAGAGCACUGCCAGUUCUUCCAGCUCCCCGGCUAAAAGUUCCAUCUUGUCAGAUGGCUCGGCCCACUCCAGUGGCAGCUCCAGCAGUCACACCAGCGCCGCCACAGAGCAGGUCCACACCCAGCAGCCCUGCUCCCUGAAGGGCUCUUUCUCCUCGGACAACAUCUAUGCUGGGCUACACGGAGAUGGAAUGAAUAACCAAGCAGGCCCUGGCCAAGGCUGGACGGUUUACCACCAAACGUCAGAGAGAGUCACCUAUAAAUCUAGUAGCAAACCACGCACUAGAUUCCUCAGUGGACCUGUGUCUCUGUCCAUCUGGUCCACUCUGAAACGACUAUGUCUAGGCAAAGAGCGCAGUAGUAGGUCUUCUCUCCACACCACCACAGCUCAGACAGCCUCCAGUCAGACACAGCCGGCACUCACCACAGCCACACCCUCAGCAUCUCCCCAGCCAAUCACACGGCUCGCUCAGGUCCAGACCAACAACAGCAACAACAAGAGAGGCACGUUCACAGACGAUCUUCACAAGCUGGUAGACGACUGGACGAAGGAGACUGUUGCGGCAGCCAAUCAGCCGCGGCCCUCCCUCAACCAGAUCAAACAGCAGAGACGCCAGCAGGACCUGGAGGGCAAAACGCCACCCGCGGGAGCAGCUGCACAAGAGAUGAAAUGCCAUGUCGGUCCCUGCAAGUUCCAGCUGCCUCUUCCCUGCCCCCUGACUGCUGCUUUAGGCACCGGUAUGCCCUCAAACCUAGCUCCCAACUCAGCAACGCUCUCUCCUGGGUACCUUGUGCCAGCAGGCUCCUAUGGCGGGAUGGCUCCUGGUCCUCUUUACCCGCAGCAGUGGCCCGGCAUGCCGAGUCCUGUAGGGUCUGUGAGUCCUGUAGGCCUGCUUGGUGCUGCAAGAACGAUGCCCUAUGCCACAAUGGCAAACCAGGGGAUCCACGCCUACAACCUCAUGCACGAGCCCGAGAAUGGCCGCUGUCCAAAAACCACUAGGACUACCUAAUCUGCUACCUAAUAUUUGUUCAUGUGUAAGGGCACGAUAGUCCAACUCCACUCCAUUCUGCUUCAUCAGAGCCACACGUGUACAUAAUCUGAUGUUGUAAAUAACAUGACGCAAGUGUUGAAAUUCUUUCAGCAACACUUAUAUCUGUGGUUAAUUUGUGUGUGUGUGUAUGUGUAAGUUUGUGUAUACAGUAUUUGUUAAGUAUGUAUGUCUGAAUACCUAAUGCUUUUUGGCUUUGGUUUUGACUAAACUUAGCCAUACAAGACUACGUGUCUGCAGUCACAGAAAACCAACAUCACUUUACUCUUUAUUACUGCAGUUCUCCCAUUGAUUUUUGCCUUUUUCUGUGUUACAAACACUUUAAACACUACAUUGGAAUCCAAAUACCAGUGGUUUGAGAUACAGUAACCGGACAGUAUUUAUGAUGAAGAUAUUUGAAGGAAUGUAGUGCCUUGAACAUUGAUUUGUUGAUGUUUAUUUUAUCUUUUCUGUGAACAAAGCAUGUCUGUAUUCAAGUUGUUUUAUUUUAUGGUAGCUUGAGUGCAGUCUCUUUUUUUAAAUGCAUUACAGACACUUUUGUUUUGGUUUACAUAUGAAUGCCCUUGUAGAACUGCACUAUUAACACAGUAUAUGCUCUUAUUUAAAAUAAUAAAACCAUGUUUUAACCCUUGUUUACUUUACACCCUUGUGACAGAUGGAAUGCCAUAGUGGUGAGAUGAACCAAUGCCUUGCAGAAACAAACAGAUAAUGUGAGACAAAUGAGAGAAGGAAAAAAAUUACGCCAGCAGACAAAUCCACUCUUUCAGGUUAAAUGGUUCGGAGGGACACAGCCUCUUUUUGAUAGGACAACUGAUAUGUUUCACAUUACAGGAGUUGGCUGUGCUGUAGCUUCGUGCUCUAAAGAAAGGCGGUGUCCAGAGCCAUAUAUAGUGCACACAGUUCUUUAUAAAGUAUAUUUCUCUGGUAGUGUUCUGAUCAGAAUGUAGCAAUUAUUGUGAAGGCUAGAGGCUAAAAAGUGCAAUUUAACCCCUCCACAAAGCUUUGAUCGUGGCCUUGCCACAAGCCUUAUCUCUGAUGUGUGCAAAAGGAGCAAGCUGAGAGUUGAACAAAGUUAUAAAUCACAAAGCAACAGACAGACAAACUGGACACAUUUUAAACAUUACAGACCACCAAGCAAACAUGAUACUACUGCUAACAGCUCUUUCAACUAGGCUAUCCUAUUACUCAGCAUACACUUCAUGUGAAAUGUUUUGUGCAAUCACCAGUUAUGUUUUUUUAAUUAUUUGCUGUUUAAAGCUUGAUUUUUCUUUGCUGCUAUUGUCUGAGGUGAUUCCACUGUACAGUUGAGCAUAAUAUUCAUAAUAAAUGGUACUUUUAAUAUAAAGACGUCCUCAAAUGAAAUUGACAAAUGAGGCGCUAACAAAGCAGUGUUAUUGCCUUGUUUCCCAGGAUGCUUUGGAUGAGUAUUUUUUUCUUUUCUUUCAGUAAUAUAUUGCAAAAUUCAAAUGAUACAUGUUGCAGGAGAUUUGCACAACAUAUAGUCUCCCUUAAUUCUAAACUAUGUUUAAGAGUUUCCUACACUGUAUAUAGUGGGUUUCCCCACCUGUAAUUUUGUAUCACCAACAAGCAUGGCCAAUUUUUCAUGUUCCAUAAAGCAAAGAUAAACAAUAAAGCUACAAUGGUUGGAUAUUUCACAUACAUGAUACAUUCAAAAGGUUUCAGCAACCCAAUUUUGCUAAGCUGUGAAAUGUACAGUUUUCUCGUACUUUAUAUUUGUACUUUUUUUUUCUUCUGGAAUGUUAAGAUGUAGUGGUGGUGGAGGGGUUGCUUUGAUGUACAUUAUUUCAUCAAUUCGGUUGGAAUUGGACUUUUAUAGGAUAUUAUGCAGAAUCUUCUGCUUUGGUGAAAUACUUCCAACAGUAAGAGAUUUCUGUUCUCUGUCACUUGUAUCUGGUUUGUUCCACCUCCUUCGCUGCUAACUCAUGGUGAGCAGAGGAAGGAAUAACUAUUGUUGGCAUACUCACUUGGAUGCGGUGAUCAGAGGAGAGGGAGGAGGAGAAAGAGGGGAGAGUCCUGAAAAUGUGCACUCUGCCAUCUCACCUCUCUCUGUAAAACAGUGCCCCCUGGUGAUAUGCUCUGCUUGUCAAAGGCUUGUAUUCAAACAGUGGGAUUGCUUCUGCCUGCUGUAUGUCCCACUGCAUUACCCCAACCUACCCUGCUGCACUCUAAUCACAGACUGUAUGUUGGGAGAUAAAUAAAUAUUAUUUUGUGCUCGA